AUGUGGGGAAGAAGUCAGAACAAGACACCCGAACAGCCGAAAGAGUCGCCAAAGGAGGAUGGCGCCAAGACUUUCGACCCGGAAAAGCUCCCGCCACGUGAGAAGCUGCCGAAGGCGCUUCAGAAGAUAGUCGAUAAGUCGGAUUCAGACGACAACUUUUUCGAUGAGCUGGUGGACGGGUACGCACCCGAGUCCACCGAGUCCAACCUCCGUUAUGCUGCCUACGCCACCCGCAUCCGCACGAUCUUGAUGAGUGCCCAUCGAUAUGUCGCAUACACCUCCGACAUUGGCGAAUCUUUCCGGCCAGUCGCGCAUCCCGCCCUCGUCCGUUCUGCAUAUGGAAUCUCAUGGCUGUAUAUUCUCGGUGAUGUCAGUUACGAAGGCUACAAAGCAUACUGGGCCAACCAGCGCAUUCUCAAUCCACACCUGCAGCUCACGGCGCGUCAAGCGAAGCUCACGGGACUGCCGGGUGCCGUCUCGGACGCUACCACGCCCAGCGAAGUUGUCCCCGCCGGCAAGGUUACGCCUCUCAACGACUACAGAACUGUCAUGGUCCAGCGAGCAAUAUUCCAGAGCAUUGCCAGUAUGGGUCUUCCGGCCUUUACGAUCCACAGCGUGGUGAAGUACUCGGGGAGAGCGCUCAAGAAUGCCAAGAACCCAAAGAUCAGGACCUGGGCACCGAUCGGCCUCGGUCUGGCCGUCGUACCCUUCUUACCGAGUCUCUUCGACGAGCCGGUCGAAAACGCGGUGGAAUGGGUGUUCCACAGGGGUUUCGAACUGUACGGAGGAAAGGAGUUUGUUGGCGAUGCUCCGGCUACUGGUCGCGAGGACCUUUUGGCGAAGAAGCCGAAGGAAAAAGAGCUGUAG